AUGCCGAUGGCAAGAUCAUUGCAUUCGAGACUGACCGGCUCAGCACUUCGCCAUUUUUUUUUUCUUCUUUUUUUUUUCGGAAUGCAACACUCUGCAACGACAGACCGACCUCUUCCUUCUUUCUACCCGAUUAAUCGCCGGCUUCUUCUCGCAUUGAGGCUGAGCCAGGCUUGUGUGCAUGAUAUUCUAGCCGAUAGAAUAUCAGAGUGCGCCAAGGAUGGCCAUUCCAGCCACAGCUCCAAUUCCCAUGGCAGCCAUGGCUGUGAUGAUAGGAGCUCCGGCAGCGCUGGUCUCGCUCCUUCAAUGAUCUUCUGCAUGCCGGCAGUGAUCCGUCGAAGUCGUGACCACGACUCCCAGUCCCGAGACAGUGGCACCUUCGAAGGGGCUCUCUGUGGUGUGGGCGCCAACCAAUUCACAUUGCAUCGUCAGGUCAGGUAUGUCGUAGCAAGAUAUGCUUUGCGCAUGGCAUGGCAUGGAGCAUUCAUACUCCUGCUCGCCAUCCGUAUCCGUGUGGCUAUAAAUAAUGGUGCUCUCGCCCUCUGUCAGCGUGAUUGGUGGAUGCCAACCGCAUCCCGUCCGCGUAUGCUGUUUGGUCUGGGGCCUAUCCGCGCUCGAUCAGCACAUCUCAUUGGAAUAAAGCAUCACCACGCGCUGCUGACUCACCGCAGAGAUGAUGGAAGCGUCAAUGUGCUCGGGACUGCCGAUGGGAAGGAAAAGCGAUACUGUGGACGUGGUCGCGGGGGGAGAUGCGUUGGCGGGGCUGGCGGGCGUCGUGAGAGCAGCACGCACAAGGCGGAUGUCACGCCGACGCCGCGCAUCUUGUCUGCUGCGGCUGCGCAAGGUCCGUCUGGCUUCGGCGGCGAUGCACUUCACGACUUCACACUCCAUCGGCUCUCGGCGACGGCGUUGCGGGUGGUGAGGACGGCACGGUGCGAAAGGAUGGAGGAGAGUGUCAUUUGCGCGGCCGCUGUGCUCCUCCUCAUGAUCAUGACGGCGCACGUGUUUGUUUGGCAAGGCUUGUUCGCCGUACAGACGUUCUUGGCCUCAAACGAGGCAUGUCGCCCAGCCUUAGCAGCUUGGCUUGGGUGA